UCUCGCGGCAGGGCCGGGCUGGGCCGGCUCCCGAGCCGCCUCAGACGGAGCCCGGCAGCCAGCGCGGCCCCGCUCCCCUCUGCCCCGCUCCCGGCCUCGCCAUGAGCAGCGGCAGCGCCGGCUCCUCGCGGCCCAGGACCAGCUCCUUCGCCGACCCCUCGGGCGGCCCGCCCGCCAGCGCCCCCGCCGCCCCCGGCCCCACCUCGGCCGCCGCGCCCGGCGGGAAGCCAGGGGGGGCCGCCGGGCCUGGGCCGGGGGGAGGCGGCGGCGGCGGCGGCACCAGCACGGCCGGCGGCUCCUUCCCGGGCCUCAAGCUGGGGCGAGAUAGCAGCAAGGUGACCACUGUGGUGGCCACGCCCGGCCAAGGCCCCGACCGCCCCCAAGAAGUCUCCUACUCUGACAUCAGGGUCAUCGGCAAUGGGUCAUUCGGGGUCGUCUACCAGGCCCGACUGGCAGACUCUGGGGAGCUGGUGGCGAUUAAGAAGGUGUUGCAAGAUAAGCGGUUCAAGAAUCGGGAGCUCCAGAUCAUGCGGAAGCUGGAUCACUGCAACAUCGUUCGCCUGCGGUAUUUCUUCUACUCAAGUGGGGAGAAGAAGGAUGAGGUUUAUCUUAAUCUAGUCCUGGACUACGUGCCCGAGACAGUCUACCGAGUUGCUCGCCACUUCACCAAAGCCAAACAGACUAUCCCCGUCAUCUACGUGAAGGUGUACAUGUACCAGCUCUUCCGCAGUCUUGCUUACAUCCAUUCCCAGGGCGUCUGUCACCGGGACAUCAAACCCCAAAACCUGCUUGUGGACCCCGACACAGCAGUACUGAAGCUGUGUGACUUUGGCAGCGCAAAGCAGCUGGUACGGGGGGAACCCAAUGUUUCCUAUAUCUGUUCUCGCUACUACCGCGCCCCCGAGCUCAUCUUUGGAGCAACCGAUUACACCUCAAACAUAGAUAUCUGGUCUGCUGGUUGUGUUCUGGCGGAACUGCUGCUGGGGCAGCCAAUAUUCCCUGGGGAUAGCGGGGUGGACCAGCUGGUGGAAAUCAUCAAGGUGCUGGGGACCCCGACACGAGAGCAGAUCCGAGAGAUGAACCCCAACUACACGGAGUUCAAGUUCCCCCAGAUCAAAGCACACCCCUGGAUAAAGGUGUUCAAGCCCCGUACGCCAUUGGAGGCCAUCUCGCUGUGCAGCCGGCUGCUGGAAUACACACCUGCCACCCGUCUCUCCCCCCUCGAGGCCUGCGCCAACAGUUUCUUCGACGAGCUGCGUGAGCCCAACACCCGGCUGCCCAAUGGGCGCGACCUGCCCCCGCUCUUCAACUUCAGCCCUGUGGAAUUAUCCAUCCAGCCGUUGCUCAACCCCAGCCUCAUUCCACCACACGUUCGGUCCCAGGCUGGCUCAGUGGCAUCCAUGCCUGGCCCCACAACUGCACAAAGUGAAGGGAGAUUGGGUGGUGACAGGAGCCAGGUGACGCCUGGAGAUGGCGCAGGACCCAUCGCCAACACAUCCUGAGGGGCUGCUGGGCCGGGGGGCAGGUCCCCUCCACUAUCCCCCCCCCCAGGCCACCCACAUGGACUUCUCUGAACUGUGAACGGUGGGGGAAAGCAGACCGCGGCCUGGGAGACCAUAUGGAG